AAAAACGUGACUGGACAAUUCAGAGUUUGGCAUUUAAAAAAAGCCGCCUGCGGUGGCUGCUAAACAGAGCAACGCCCCUUUUGAAUAGUAAAUACAGCAAAAACAGCACUCUCUACUCUCUGUUGAUCAGUGUUGUUUUCGAUUUGCUUCGAUUUAACUGGCCUGGCUAUCACAUUCAAGAAGAUGACGUUAAAAGUGCUGCUUGUCGGAGGUGGCCUGACCAGCGCUCUCAUCAGUUCGCUUCUGAAGAAAUUGCCUGUUACCUGUCAAGUAUGGGACAAAGCUCGUGGAGCCGGUGGUCGCAUGAGCACAAGUCGCAGUCCUCUGGACGGCAGCUGCACUGCUGACCUUGGUGCCCAGUACAUAACAGCUACUCCCGAUUAUCAGGCUAAACACAAUGAAUUCUACGAUAGCCUUUUGACGUCCAAAGUGCUAGAACCACUUAAGUGCAAAACGGAAGGCAUGAAAGAUUUCGCAGAUGGCACAAAGCAUUACGUCGCCUCUGCUGGAUGCAACUCGAUCGUGAAGCACUUUUUCUCUGAGGGAGGUCACCAGCUGCAUUUCGAGCAGCACGUCAGUGCCAUCGACUUGCAGCCCGACAACAAGUGGCUCGUCCGCACCAAAUUGGGCAGAGAGGAGCUUUUUGACGCUGUUGUUCUCACCAUGCCUGUUCCCCAAAUCCUGCAACUUGAGGGGCAGAUAAAGCAGUUGCUCAGUGAUGAUGAGGAACUGACGCACAAGUUGCAAACAGUCAAAUACAGCUCGAGGUUUGCACUGGGACUGUUUUUCAGCAGAAUUUCUGCACCUUCCGAGUCUACUUGGGACGCCAAGUACAUAAAUGACCAUGACGUGUUCAGAUUUGUGGCUUUGGACAACCGCAAGAGGCAGAAAGAUGACCUGCCCGUGGCUGCCGUUUUUCACACAUCAAUCGGCUUUGGGGAGAAGAACAUAGACAGAAAUUUGGAUGAGGUGCAAUUGGAGCUAAUAGCCAAAGUAAAAGAACUCUUUCCUCAUUGGCCUGAACCUGAGUCCGUCAAGUGUCAAAAAUGGCGUUAUUCCCAGGUGUUGGAGCCUUUCCCUGGAGCUCCUGGUUGUGUUCUUAUAAAUAAAUCUCCACUUCUGCUAGCAGCUGGUGAUGGAUUUGUGCACUCCAAUUUUGAUGGAUGUGUCAGUUCAUCUCUUCAAGCUGUUAAGGUUUUGACAGAAGCAGCUUCUUCAAAAUUGUGAUCACUAUCAAAAACCUUGGAAGAUUUUUAAUUAGACUACACCUACGUGAAAGGGGGUUAAAAAUUUCUGUUAUGCCUUAAAGGUCGUAGAUUUUUUAUAAUGAUACAGUAGUGGAUAUAUUUCAGGGGGUUAUUUUAAUUGAAGAUUAGCAAACAACAUAACAAAAAAUGUGAUAGUUUUACUAUUGAUUUUCUGACAAGAAGGUAUAUUUAAUUAAACUUUUAGUAAUACUUCUGUUGAACAGCUUUAUAUA